AUGGUACGACAUUCACCCUUAUAUCUGCAUAAACCUUUAUACAAACCGACAUAUUAUGGUGCACCAUCUUUAGUAUCACGGAGAGUACAUCGACAUCUGUAUUUUAAUACACCAUCACCAUUCAGCCUAGCAACAGGAUUUAACACUUCAUUGAAUACAUUUGAUGUUAAAAGGUCCCCUGCAGCUCAUUUACCUGUAGCAUCACCAAUCACGUUGGAUUCAACAUUAUCCAUGACGCCUAAAGGUAUGAAUUUUCGUCGUUUUAUGUGGAAUGAAAUGGAUGAAACCAUGGAAGAUUUAAUUCAAGGUGUUGCCAAUGGAGCUGAUGUUAUGAAGCACAUAUUUGUGAAUUCAUUUGCUUAUCCACCCCCGCAACCGGUAAGGCCAACGUAUUAUCGGUAUAAACCACAUUUUGAAUAUUAUAAAGCCCCAAUAGAACCCGUUCCUCCAUCUUUGUUACCUUCUGUUGUUUCAUCUGGACAUAAACCAACUAUUACUACCAUUACAACGACUAUCAAAACUGAGAAACCAGCAGAACAAAGUUUAAAUAUUGAAGAAAAAUUAAAUACGAAACCUGAAGUUCAUAAUGUAAUAGAACCUAUCUCGAUGGAAGAAUUAAUUAGCCCGAUAACACUAAAGGAACUUGAAAGAGAAGGUGAAAAACGUGUUGAAACCCGUAUACUUUCGACAGCAAAUGAUAAUGUUGUGUCUGGUAAAAUUUCUGAAUUUGAUUCAAGUUGGACACCUAUAGUAAAUCCUUCUAAUACAAAAACAUACGAACCAGAAAAACCUAAAGUUAAAACAGAAGUUAGAGAACUUAAAAUAAGAGAAAAAUUUAAAAAUAUUCACCACCAUUCGUAUGAACCUCCACCAGAAAUAGAAAGAGAUGAUGAAAUCGAAAACCAUGAAAAUAUUGAACCAACAAGUGAAGUUUUUUAUGAAUUAACAUCACAAAGAUCAAUUCCGGUGAGCAAUUUGCAUAUACAAGUUGAUGAUUUUACACCAAUAAAACAUAGCCAACCAUAUCGCCAAUACGAAGUUACUGAAAAUACAGUAGAAGAAUCGAAACAAGUUCUUCAAUCUAUUAAACCGACAAAAAAGAAUCAAAGAAAAGUUCCUACAACAACCACAACAACAACGACAACAAUGAAACCAAGUAAAAGUAAAUACGUUAAAACAUUACCAAAACCAACCUCCUCUAUGCACUAUCAUCAACGCACAAUAAGUUCUUCAAUUUCCACUUCUACACAAUCCUCAACAACAUCUACAACAUCAACGACGACAGCACCAACAACUAUUUCAACUAUCCAAACAACUACUGAAAAACCAAAUUAUCCAGAAUAUUUUUUAGAUAAAACUUUUUCUGAUUUCGAAAAAUUCGAAUCGAAUUGUGAUGAUCAAACAACUACAGAAAAUCCAAUUUUAAGAAAACUACAAGUAAUUGUAAGAAAAGAAAAUUUGGACAAUGAUAAAAAAUAUUCGCAUAUUCAGAGUGUUACAACAGCAAAUCCAAAUUUAUAUUCGAAAAAAUCUGAAACAGAAACUCGAAAACAAACUUCAACAACAGAAGGUACGUUAAAGAAAAAAGACGUAACAGAAUUAGAAGCAAUUCCUAGUAGCCAAACAAGAGAUCAGAAUCGAGAAUCUCGAAAAUCAUCGGCAAUAAUGAGGAAUAUGUCUAAAGGGAAAUCAUUUACAACCACAAGAGUACCACCACAACAAAAUCACAUAGAAACAACAACAAUAUAUGGUAAUCGUGAUACUAGAAGGUACUUGAUAAACAAUAAUCAUAAUAACUAUGAUGGUAAUGAUGAUGGUGAUGAUGAUGAUGACAACAAUGAUAACAAAAUAUGGUGUAAUGAUAAAUUGAUGGCAUAUAAGUAA